GCACUAUGCUUUCCGCACGAUCAUUCUUGUCUUCCGCUCGCACAAUUGCUCGAUCGAGCUUGAUGAGCGCCAGAAGCUUGUCGGACAAACCAAAGGGACAUGUUAUCGGAAUUGAUCUUGGAACCACAAACUCCUGUGUCAGUAUCAUGGAAGGAAAGACUCCAAAAGUUAUCGAGAACGCAGAAGGAGUCAGAACCACUCCAUCGACGGUUGCUUUCACUGCUGACGGUGAGCGUCUUGUUGGAGCUCCAGCCAAAAGACAGGCCGUUACCAACUCUGCCAAUACUCUUUUCGCCACAAAGAGAUUGAUCGGAAGAAGAUACGAAGACCCAGAGGUUCAAAAGGACUUAAAGGUCGUUCCAUACAAGAUUGUCAAAGCCAGCAACGGAGACGCGUGGGUUGAGGCUCAAGGAAAAGUGUAUUCCCCAUCUCAGGUUGGAGCAUUCGUUCUGAUGAAGAUGAAGGAAACUGCCGAAAGCUAUUUGGGAACCACCGUCAACAACGCCGUUGUUACAGUUCCAGCUUACUUCAACGAUUCUCAGCGUCAAGCUACUAAGGAUGCUGGACAAAUCUCUGGUCUUAACGUUCUUCGUGUCAUCAACGAGCCAACUGCUGCCGCUCUCGCCUAUGGAUUGGAUAAGGACGCUGGAGAUAAGAUCAUCGCUGUCUACGAUCUUGGAGGUGGUACUUUCGAUGUGUCAAUUCUUGAAAUCCAAAAGGGCGUCUUCGAGGUCAAGUCCACCAACGGAGAUACAUUCCUCGGAGGAGAAGACUUCGAUCACGCUCUCGUCCAUCACCUCGUUGGAGAGUUCAAGAAGGAGCAAGGAGUUGAUCUUACCAAGGAUCCACAGGCCAUGCAGAGACUUCGUGAAGCCGCCGAGAAGGCCAAGUGCGAACUUUCAUCCACCACCCAGACCGACAUUAAUCUUCCAUACAUCACCAUGGAUCAAUCUGGACCAAAACAUCUUAACUUGAAGCUCACCAGAGCCAAGUUCGAGCAGAUUGUCGGAGAUCUCAUCAAGAGAACCAUUGAGCCAUGCCGUAAGGCUCUUCACGACGCUGAAGUCAAGUCCUCCCAAAUCGCCGAUGUUCUUCUCGUAGGAGGAAUGAGCAGAAUGCCAAAGGUGCAAGCCACUGUUCAAGAAAUCUUCGGAAAAGUUCCAUCAAAGGCUGUCAACCCAGACGAGGCCGUCGCCAUGGGAGCUGCUAUUCAAGGAGCCGUCUUGGCCGGAGACGUCACCGAUGUUCUUCUCCUUGAUGUCACUCCACUUUCCCUUGGUAUCGAGACUCUCGGAGGAAUUAUGACCAAACUCAUCACCAGAAACACUACCAUCCCAACUAAGAAGUCCCAAGUCUUCUCUACCGCCGCCGAUGGACAGACUCAAGUGCAGAUCAAGGUGUUCCAAGGAGAACGUGAAAUGGCCACCAGCAACAAACUUCUCGGUCAAUUCUCGCUUGUCGGAAUUCCACCAGCACCACGUGGUGUUCCACAAGUCGAGGUCACCUUUGACAUUGACGCUAAUGGUAUCGUGAACGUUUCAGCCAGAGAUCGUGGAACCGGAAAGGAACAACAGAUCGUUAUCCAAUCUUCUGGAGGACUUUCCAAGGACCAAAUCGAGAAUAUGAUCAAGGAAGCCGAAAAGAAUGCCGCUGAGGACGCAAAGAGAAAGGAGCUCGUCGAGGUUAUCAAUCAAGCUGAAGGAAUCAUCCACGACACCGAAGCCAAGAUGACCGAGUUUGCCGAUCAAUUGCCAAAGGACGAAUGUGAGGCUCUCCGAACCAAGAUUGCUGAUACUAAGAAGAUUCUCGACAACAAGGACAAUGAGACUCCAGAAGCUAUCAAGGAGGCUUGCAACACUCUUCAACAACAAUCGCUCAAGCUUUUCGAGGCUGCUUAUAAGAACAUGGCUGCCAAGAACUCUGGAGGUGACGCCCAGGAGGCCAAGACCGCCGAGGAGCCAAAGAAGGAGCAAAACUAAGAAAUUUAUUUAGAUCUUUAGAAACCCCCAACGUGUCUUUUUUUAUUUUUUUUUUCCCCCACAUUUCCUGUAUUUUUAAUGUUUUUGUUAUCCUAUUUUCUCCCGUUUUUUUCCCCACAUAAUAUAUUAGGCCAUUUAGUUUUAUAGUUUAUCAACCCAUUUAGUAGCUUGUUUUGUUCUGUUCUUUGUGCCGAAAGGUGAUGGUUUCAUCGAGCUAGGCGUUGUGAAAUUUGAUAGUUCCUGUAAAUAUUUUGGAGCUACCCGAGUGAUAAUGGAACCAUCACCGUCUCACAAUUUCACACGAUUUGUUGAAAAUCACGGUUUUUCUUUCACACAUUGUUUAAAAUGUUUUUUCGUCUCCAUUGUGGUCUCCAAACGAUUUAUAUUCAUGCAUGUUAACUGUUCUGCGUGGAUGUUCAUUCAUUUUUUCCCUCUGCAAAUUUAAAAUUCAAAUUUUAAAUAAAAUAAUUUUAAAAAAAAU